CCAUGUGUGCGUUCCAUUUCCCCACUGACCCCAACCUCUCUUUUUCCCCCCAGGACUGCUGCAGUCAGUGGCUGGGUCGGCUAUAGGGUGGCUGUAGGAUGGCCAUAGGGACCCACAGAUUCUAUGGGGUCACCCUGGGUGUUUGUGGGGUGCCGUGGUUUAGGGGCAGCCCCAUAGAACCCCUGUGGAUGUUUCCCAUUUCCCCAUUGACUCCUAACCUCCCCAUUUCCUCCCUGCUGCAAUUGGUGGCUGGGCUGGCAGUCUGGCUAUAGGGCCGCUAUAGGGUGGCUCUAGGGUGGCUGUAGGGUGGCCAUAGGGACCCACAGAUUCUAUGGGGUCAGCCUGGGUGUUUAUGGGGUGCUGUGCUUUAGGGGCAGCCCCAUGGAACCCCUAUGGAUGCUUCCCAGUUCCCCAUUGACUCCUAACCUCCCCAUUUCCCCCAGCAGUGCUGGAAUUGGUGGCUGUGCUGGCAGUCUGCUUAUAGGGCCGCUAUAGGGUGGCCAUGGAGACCCACAGAUGCUAUGGGGUGACCCUGGGUGUUUAUGGGGCGCAGUGGGGUGGAAGCAGCCCCAUAGCACCCCUAUGUGUGCAUUCCACUUCCCCACUGACCCUAAAUCUCUCCAUUUCCCCCAGGAGCGCUGGAAUUGGUGGCUGGGCUGGUGGGCUGGCUAUAGGGUGGCUGUACGGCCACUGUAGGGUGGGCAUAGAGACCCAUAGAUUCUAUGGGGUCACCCUGGGUGUUUAUGGGCGCAGUGGGGUGGGGGCAGCCCCAUAGCACCCCUAUGUGUGCGUUCCAUUUCCCCACUGACCCCAACCUCUCUGUUUCCCCCCAGGAGCGCUGGGAUCGGUGGCUGGGACGGCAGUCUGGCUAUAGGGCCGCUAUAGGGCCUCUAUAGGGCCGCUGUAGGGUGGCUAUAGGGCGGCCCCCCCCCCGCCAUGUACGCGGUGUACAAGCAGGCCCACCCCCCCACGGGGUUGGAGUUCUGCCUUUACUGCCAUUUCUUUGGCACAGCCGAACGCAACCUGGUGGUGGCCGGAACCUCGCAGCUCUACGUCUAUCGCCUCAACCGGGGGGUGACACCGCUGUCCCCCCCGUGACGUCCCCGUGUCCCCACAGAGGGCAGAGGCCACAAGGAGAAGCUGGAGCUCGUGGCCUCCUUCUCCUUCUUCGGCAACGUCAUGUCCAUGGCCAGCGUGCAGCUGGCAGGGGCCAAGAGGGACGCCCUGCUGCUCAGCUUCAAGGAUGCCAAGCUCUCAGUGGUGGAGUACGACCCCGGCACGCACGACCUGAAGACGCUCUCGCUGCACUACUUCGAGGAGCCGGAGCUGCGGGACGGCUUCGUGCAGAACGUGCACAUCCCCAAAGUGCGCGUGGACCCCGACGGGCGCUGCGCCGUGAUGCUCAUCUACGGCACGCGGCUGGUGGUGCUGCCCUUCCGCAGAGACUCGCUGGCCGACGAGCACGAGGGCCUGGUGGGAGAGGGGCAGAAGUCGAGCUUCCUGCCCAGCUACAUCAUCGACGUGCGGGAGCUGGACGAGAAGCUGCUCAACAUCAUCGACAUGCAGUUCCUGUGCGGUUACUACGAGCCCACCCUCCUCAUCCUCUUCGAGCCCAACCAGACGUGGCCGGGGCGCGUGGCGGUGCGUCAGGACACGUGCAGCAUCGUGGCCAUCUCCCUGAACAUCAUGCAGAAGGUGCACCCCGUCAUCUGGUCCCUCAGCAAUCUGCCCUUCGACUGCACGCAGGCCUUGGCCGUCCCCAAACCCAUCGGUGGGGUUGUGAUCUUCGCUGUCAACUCCCUGCUGUACCUGAACCAAAGCGUGCCGCCCUACGGCGUCUCCCUCAACAGCCUCACCGCUGGCACCACCGUGUUCCCACUGCGCAUGCAGGAUGGGGUUCGGCUGACGCUGGAUUGCGCUCAGGCUGCCUUCAUCUCCUAUGACAAGAUGGUGAUUUCCCUCAAGGGAGGAGAGAUUUACGUUCUGACUCUCAUCACGGAUGGGAUGCGCAGCGUCCGCUCCUUCCACUUCGACAAAGCGGCCGCCAGCGUCCUCACCACCUGCGUGAGACACUGCUGUCCCCAUGUCCUGGUUACACUUUUGUCCCCAUGUCCCCAUUCUUUGUCCCCAUUUCCCAUGUCCUGGUGGCACUUUUGUCCCCAUGUCCCCAUUCUUUGUCCCCAUGUCCCCCAUAUCCUGGUGACACUUUUGUCCCCAUGUCCCCAUUCUAUGUCCCCAUGUCCUGGUGACACUUUUGUCCCCACGUCCCCAUUCUGUGUCCCCCCACAGGAGGAGCCCCCAACCAAGAAGAAGCGCUCAGAGUCAUCGGGGCCGUGGGCGGGAGGGAAGUCAGCCGCUCAGGACGAGGUGGAUGAGAUCGAGGUGUACGGCAGCGAGGCGCAGUCGGGCACCCAGUUGGCCACGUUCUCCUUCGAGGUGUGUGACAGCAUCCUCAACAUCGGGCCCUGCGCCAACGCUGCCAUGGGAGAGCCGGCGUUCCUGUCUGAGGAGUUCCAGAACAGCCCUGAGCCGGACCUGGAGAUCGUGCUGUGCUCCGGGUACGGGAAGAACGGGGCGCUGUCGGUGCUGCAGGUUUGUGCUGGGACCCCACAACCCCACAGCCCCACAACCCCACAUCCCAUAUCCCCACAUCCCAUAUCCCAUUUCCCUAUAUCCCAUAUCCCACGUCCCCCCGUCCAUCUGUCCCCCUGUCCAUCCAUCCCCGUGUCCCCCUGUCCCCCCGUCCAUCUGUCCCCCUGUCCCCCUGUCCCUCAGGCAGAGCCCAGCGCUGCAGCUGACCCCGCAGAGAAGGAGCCUUCGGCCCCCGACCCCCCCGAGGACGAAGGGCAGCGGCACGGCUUCCUCAUCCUCAGCAGGGAGGACUCCACCAUGAUCCUGCAGACGGGCCAGGAGAUCAUGGAGCUGGACACCAGCGGCUUCGCCACGCAGGGCCCCACCAUCUUCGCGGGGAACAUCGGCGACGGCCGCUACAUCGUGCAGGUGUCGCCGCUGGGAGUGCGGCUGCUGGAGGGCGGUGAGCUGCGGCACCGCCGCACCGCGGCCCCUGUCCUGGAGCCCCACAGCCCCACGGACCCACAUCCCCACGGCCCCACGGCCCCUGUCCUACAGCCCAUGUCCUACAGCCUGUAUCCUAUAGACACAUCCCUACAUCCCAUGUCCUACAGCCCAUGUCCUACAGCCCAUAUCCUAUAGACACAUCCCUACAUCCCAUGUCCUAUAGCUCAUAUCCUACAGCCCAUAUCCUAUAGACCACAUCCCCACAUCCCACAUCCUAUAGCCCAUAUGCUAUAGCCCAUAUCUUAUAACCCAUAUCCUACAGCCCGUAUCGUACAGCCCAUAUCCUAGAGCUCAUAUCCUGCAGCCCAUAUCCUAUAGACCACAUCCCCACAUCCCAUGUCCUAUAGCCCAUAUCCUACAGCCCAUAUCUUAGAGCUUAUACCCUACAGCCCAUAUCCUAUGGACCACAUCCCCACAUCCCAUGUCCUGGAGCCCGUAUUCUACGCCCCAUAUCCUACAGCCCGUAUCCUAUAGACCACAUCCCCACAUCCCACGUCCUGGAGCCCCGAGCCCAUAGCCCUACAUCCCCAUAGCCCUACAUCCCCAUGGCCCCACGGCCCCACAGCCCAUAUCCUACAGCCCAUACCCUACAGCCCAUAUCCUAUAGACCACAUUCCCACAUCCCACAUCCUGGAGCCCCAGAGCCCAGAGCCCCACAUCCUCACGCCCCCAUGGCCCCACAGCCCAUAUCCUACAGCCCAUAUCCUAUAGACCACAUCCCCACAUCCAAUAUCCUAUAGCCCCGUAUCCCAUAACCCCAUAUCCCCACAUCCCAUGUCCCCAUAGGCCAUAUCCUAUAGCCUACAUCCCCAUGGCCCUAUAGCCCAUACCCUACAGCCCAUAUCCUACAGACCACAUCCCCACAUCCCAUGUCCUACAGCCCGUAUCCUAUAGCCCACGUCCCCAUGGCCCUACAGCCCAGAUCCCCACAGCCCCAUAGCCCAUAUCCUAUAGCCCACAUCCCCACAUCCCGUAUCCUAUAGCCCCAUAUCCCAUAACCCCCUUAUCCCCACAUCCCAUGUCCCCAUAGCCCAUAUCCUAUAGCCCACACCCCCAUGGCCGCAUAGCCUAGGUCCUAUAGCCCGUAUCCCGUAGUCCCAUGGCCCACGUCCUCCAAUGUCCCCCUGUCCCCAUUGUCCCCACACCCCUGAUGUCCCCAC